CAAACAAAGAUGCUGGUUGAAGCUUUUCAAGAAAAAAUUGAAACUUUUUAUGAUCAGUUCAACAAAAACGAAUCAAAUAUAUCAAUAAAACUAGAUCUUAUGAACUUAUAUAGAGCCUUUGUUGUAAGCAAGUACAAAAGGCAUCUUUUAGAAAAACAGAUAUUGGAUCUAUCGAAAUCAGGUUCAGAGUAUGACACGUUAUUCGCAUCCUUCGAGAAAAAAUAUUCCUUGUUAGCUUUGUGUGUACUUUUCCAUGAAGAAGAUUUAAAUCAGUUUUUGAUAGAAGAAGAAUUGGAGACGAUAAAAUUACUCAAGAGACAGAUACAAGAAGGUAAAGAAAAUUCAGGUUUCAUUAGUCAUAUUGUUGCUGCCAAACCAAUGUUCAUUCACUUCAGUUUUGCUGAAUAUUUUGCUGCGCAUUUUUACUCGAAGAACAUAAAAAGAAAAGAAGUAACUAAAUUUUUUUGCCAUCAGGUUUAUGGAAAAGAACAUAACUAGGAUCUUUUUCGAUCAAAUGGUAACUACCGAUAAGCAUACCUGUAAGAUGCACAUUGCAGUUUUAAACAAUGAUAUAGAAAAAGUAAAACAAUUAUUAUCAAAUGCAGAGAAAGCAAAAGAUUUCAUUAAUGCUGCAGAUAAAGUAGGAAGAACAGCACUGCACUUAGCUGCUGCAUAUGGAAAUUAUUAUUUGGUUUGGACUUUGUUGAAUCACGAAUUUAGAGCAGAUGCUGAGGAUCAACUACUUGGUUGGAGGCCUUUAAGAUAUGCAGAUAAAGACGGUCAUUGGGUAACUGUUGAAUUACUCCUUAGAAAGGGUGCGAAUGCUUGUGAUAUUUGUGAAGCAAUAAAAAGCCUUGAAACUUAUGAUGCUGAGAAAACAAAAAAGACUUUAUUACACGAGGUGGCGCAAAAAGGUUUAGUAGAUCUUUUAGAGGCUCUGAUAGAAAGUAAAAUAAAUAUGAUUAAUGUUGUUGAUGAAUAUGGGGCCACUGCUCUUCAUUAUGCUGCAUAUGAAAAAGUUGCCAAUCUUUUAAUAAAACGAGGAGCCGAUAUUGAAGCCAAAGAUAUGUAUGGAGAAGCACCUUUGCACUGGGCUGUGAGGCAAGGAAAUAUUGGGGUUGUCGAGCUUCUAAUAAAAGAAGGUGCUGAUGUUGAAGCUAAAGGUGAUCUUAAUGAGACUCCUCUAUUUUUUGCUGGAAGAAAGAAAGUUUUCGAACUUUUAAUUGCCAAAGGCGCUAAUAUAAAUGCUAAAAAUAGCAAAGGCUCUACACCUCUUCACAGUGCUCUUAUGAAAGGAAGGGAUGAGGUUGUCGAGCUUUUAAUAAGAGAAGGUGCUGAUGUUGAAGCUAAAGGUUAUCAUGAUAAAACUCCUCUAUUUACAUCUAAAAGUAAGAAAGCAUUCAAACUUUUAAUUACAAAAGGCGCUGAUAUAAAUGCUAAAAGUAGCGAAGGUUAUACACCUAUGCACUGCGCUGUCAUGAAGGGAAGGGAUGAGGUUGUCGAGCUUUUAAUAAAAGGAGGUGCUGAUGUUGAAGCUAAAUGUCAUCAUGAUGAAACUCCUCUAUUUUCAGCUGGAAGCAAGAAAGUUUUCGAACUUUUAAUUGCAAAAGGCGCUAAUAUAAAUGCUAAAAGUAGCGAAGGUUAUACACCUCUGCACAGCGCUCUUAUGAAUGGAAGGGAUGAGGUUGUCGAGCUUUUGAUAAAAAAGGUGCGGAUGUUGAAGAAAGGUUAUCAUGAUAAAACUCCUCUAUUUACUGUUAAAAGUAAGAAAGCAUUCGAACAUUUAAUUGCAAAAGGCGCUAAUAUAAAUGCUAAAAGUAGCGAAGGUUAUACACCUCUUCACAGUGCUCUUAUGAAAGGAAGGGAUGAGGUUGUCGACCUUUUAAUAAAAGAAGGCUCUGAUUUUGAAGCUAAAGAUUACCGUGAUGAAACACCUUUGUUUAAACCUAGUACCAAGAAAAUGUUUGAGCUCUUAAUUGAAAAAGGCGCUAAUAUAAAUGCUGGAAAUAAUAUAGGUAAAACACUUCUGCACAGUGCUGUUCUGAGCGAAGAGGACGAGAUUGUCGAGCUUUUAUUAAAAAAGGGAGCUGAUGUUGAAGCCAAAGAUUGCUUUGGUUCAACUCCUCUAUUUGCAGCUAGAAGUAAGAAAGUAUUUGAACUUUUAACUGCAAAGGGUGCUAAUAUAAACGUUAAAUGUAGCAAUGGGCGUACUCCUCUGCAUUACGCUCUUUUG